UGCAGGUUCUUUCAUAAUCACUGCUCUCUAACAGCCUCAUAGGACCCAUUUGCUGAAUUAAGCCUUGACUGAUCGGAGGUGAAAACAUGUCGAACGUGGCAUUUUCGGCAUUUGUGUGUUUAUUUUUUGUCUGUUGCAGCAGAGCUAUGCCGACUGCACUCAACCAGGAGGCUGUGAAUGAAAGACCUGUGAUCGGGAUUUUGACUCAACUAGUUUCAGAUGAUGACAUGAAACCAUUCGGGAGGACCUACAUACCUGCCUCCUAUGUGAAAUACAUUGAGUCUGGGGGCAGCAGAGUGAUGCCUAUCAGGUUGACUCUUACUACUGCUGAAUAUGAAAAUAUCUUCAAGAAGAUAAAUGGCCUGCUCUUCAUCGGUGGAGCUGCAGAUUUGGAGACAUCAGACUAUGCCAGGGUGGCGAAGAUCUUUUAUAGACUUGCUCUGACGGCUAACAAUGUGGGGGACUUCUUCCCUAUCUGGGGUACAUGCAUGGGGAUGCAGCUACUGACUGUCCUGGUGGCCGGUGAAAAUCUGCUGGCAAACACCACAGCUGAGAACAUAGCGAUGCCCCUCAACCUAACCAGAGAGGCCCACUCCAGCAGGAUGUUCCAGGGUUUUCCAGACGAGCUGAUGAAGACUUUGACCCAAGAACCUCUGACUGGCAAUUUUCACCACUAUGGAGUUAUAGUAGAGACCUUCCAGGAAAAUGAGAAGCUGCAGAAUUUCUUCUCCGUCUUGUCUACAAACGUUGCUGAAAACGGAGCCCACUUUGUCUCAACCAUAGAAGGUAAGAAAUAUCCCUUCUAUGGGGUACAGUGGCACCCGGAGGUGAAUCGUUUUCAGUGGGACAAAAGGAUGAACUUUCCUCACUCCCCUCACGCUAUUCAGUUGUCGUCUCUCCUGGCUGAGUUUUUUGUCAAUGAAGGAAGGAGAAGUUUACAUCAGUUUGACAAUCCUGAGGAAGAGGCCUCUUCACUCAUUUACAACUACACGCCUAUCUAUGCUGGAAACUUCACAGGAUAUGAGCAGCUCUAUUUCUUCUGAGAUCCUCCAGUGGCUGACUUUGUGUGUCACCCUGCGCAUGUACAAAACAACGCUUUUCAUACAGUUUAUUGUGCAACACAACAUUUGAGCCCAGAACUGCACACAGAAAGUCUGCUGGUUCUAAUCACAGUUAGGCCUUAAACCCAAAGUUUGAUUUCAGCCAUGUGUGUGCUGACUCAGACUUCAUUUUUAUUACACUGAGGAGAAGUUUCUGCACCAGUGGGUUUUUUUUUUACUCUCUUAUACACACUUUAUAUAAAUUUGACUACUUUUAGGCCAUUAAAGAAAUAAAGGAUUUGACAAAGCA